AUGAGUCCAGCUGGCUUCGAUGCCGAGCAUGUCCCUCGCAGACGCUUCGAUGGACUGCAAAACCACGACGCUCGAGUCCCGAGGCACUGCCUUGCCAACGCACGCAGGAAAGAACGGCAACGAGAGCCUGAAGACCUUGGCUCUCCGAGGCGUGCUGAGCGGAGAUGCGGGCCUCGUAUCCUCGAACUAUUUGAAGUCUGACCCCCAUUUAGGGCAGAGGGUUCCCCACGCCAGCACCAACGAUCGGCUGGCUCCCGACAGGCUCAAUCUGUUCACGUCCGCUGGUUCCGCGAACAUCCAAACGAAAGAGGGAAUGGAAGGAAUUUUCCAUUCUCUGCGGUUCCCCUACGUACCAUUUUCGGAGCUCAAUGGCUCAGGGCGAUCAGUGUGCAGGGCGGGAGCAGCGUGUGGGCGGUUUGUCCGUUGCAUAUGUGAAACGUGGUAGGAAGGGAUUGCUCGCUAGGUAGCUACAAUGUGUCUGCAACACUAAUUUCUU